GAACGCUGUGUAACAGCUGCUGCUUGGCAGCCAGCGGGUGAGAGAGAACAAGUAGGGAAAUAGAUGACUAGACCCAGAUAGGUGGCUAGAAAUAAGCACAAGAGGGAUCAGAAAGAAACGGGAAUCAAAAUAAAUAGAGAAAGAGAGAUAGCAAGAUAGACACCCAGAGGGAAAGAGACCAAAAUAGGCAGAAGUACUGAGAGACGAAAGGCGAUCAAGCCAGAUCCAGACCCAGAAAGGGAUCAGCAUAAGUAGUCAGCAAGAGAAAAAUAGAGGGUUGGGGAGAAAAGAGAUAAAUGUGGUUUAAUAGAGAGUGACAGAAGAGGAGGUGAGUGGAGAGCAAGAAGAAAUGAAUCAUGGAUUAGAGAGGAGGGACACGGAAACAGAGAGAAAGGUGACCGUGUACAGUAACUAGGACAUAUUCUAUAUAAAUAUGUACAUGCCAUACAUGCACACAGAGGUAGAGGGGGCUAAUUACAUAAGGUAAGACGAGAGAGCAUAGUUCUUCAUACACCCAGAGAAGUGGGAGAUAAAAAACCCCAUACACACACAGAAAUAAACUCUCCACUCAGAGAGAAAGGGGAUAAAGAGAAAGAGAGCUUAAUAACAGGCAGAAAGAGCAGAGAGCUUACUCUUAAAAGACCUCCAAAGACUCUCUAAUGAGGCUGAGGCUGUCAGUAUAACUCUGAUCAAUUAGUGACCAAGAGCUGGUUUGAUCAUCUGUGGAAAGGGCAGGGGGACAUGUUCUCAGCACUGCGAUCUCUUUAACUGGAAAUGCUCCCCAAACACAGCAAGAAGCUAGAAGUCAAAGCUUCACAGACAGAACAGUCGAAGGAUAGGAGAUUGGAGCCCCGGCUGCUCUCUUGAAGCUCUUCAAUGGCAGAGGAAGCGGUGAUCUCUAUCUAUGGACCAUUGAAGGUAAAGGGGAGGCUGAGAUUAAAAGCUGGCAGAAGUGGAAAGGAAAAGAUUUCUAAAUGAGAGCAUUAGCGUGAGCCACUCGGAGAGACGUUUAUCUGCUGCAUGCAGGAAAGUGUAAACUUUUGAUACAUAUUGAAGUCUGAAGGGGCUGGGGGAAAAAAAUCCUACAUCUGAACUAAAACAGCGAAGCGUGCGGGAGCUGAUUAAAAUGACACCGAAUAUUAACCCAAGAGAAAGGUAUGGUGUAACUUUUCUCUCCAGGGGUUUAAGAGCCAGGCCAAGCAGUGGUAGAAAAAUGAUUGUUGCUUAACACAAUUUCAUGCUGAAAUAAAUAUUGCAUUGUAGAAGACAGAAUCAGACAGUUUGGACAUUUUGUACGGCGUCAAGAAAUUGAAGGGUACAGAAACGAUUGUUUUUCUAUGUAAUGUUUUGCUAUUAAAACUCCAUGGGAGAACAGAUUUUAAAUAAGAAAAGCAAGAAGAGUCCAAUUUGACGCGUGCGGUGCUGGAAAUGCUGGAAGAGCCUACAGGGUUAAUACAGUGCUCCGAAGUCCUGAAACAGACAGGAUACAAAACACAGGCUCCUAAUUGCUCCUACUCCAGUUCGGAAGCUGGCAUUGGCUAGUGGACUUUGGAUUGCGAUCCUCCAUUCUGAGCCCACCGGCAUGAUCUUCCUUUCUGAAUCUACCUGCUGACUAAGUUCACCUCCUCCUGGUUCAAAUGAGGAGUCAGGGUUCCAGAUGAACAUAUGCAGACCAGGAAGAAAUACAUUUUCAUAACUUUCUUUGCCUCUUGGCUUCUGCUUUUCUACUUUGGAGGAGACCAAAUAAAACGGCUGGCCUUCCUCUCCAGAAAGAAAGCCGCAGUGCUGAAGAACUGGCCCCGCUGGACGGACAGGUCCCUCCUCGAGAGCUUUGCAGAUCCCGAAGAACUUCAGAGCGAUGGAGGCCACCACAAACAAUCCGCCAAAGCCAGAAGGGAGUCGAGAAUUAACAUCUAUAAGCACAGCAGGUGCCGCAUGGAAACUUGCUUUGAUUUUUCCAGGUGUGAGAAACAUGGUUUCAAGGUCUUUGUCUACCCCGUGGAGAGAGAGGACCCGGUCUCAGAAAGUUACCUCAAAAUAAUCACAUCCAUUGAGGAGUCCCGAUACUACACCUCCAACCCAGAAGAAGCCUGCCUCUUUAUCCUAAAUAUUGAUACUUUGGAUAGAGAUCAUCUCUCCAUCCAGUAUGUCCACAACAUCAACGAUAAAAUCCAAGGUUUCCCUCUAUGGAAUGACGGCCGGAACCAUCUGAUAUUUAAUCUUUACUCAGGCACCUGGCCGAAUUACACCGAGGAUCUGGGCUUUGACAUUGGACAGGCCAUCCUGGCCAAGGCAAGUUUUUAUGUUGAGAACUUCAGGCCCGGCUUUGAUAUCUCCAUUCCUUUGUUUUCGAAGGAGCAUCCUCAGAAGGGUGGGGAGAGGGGCUGGCUGUACCAGAACUCUGUGCCUCCUAAGAAAAAGUACAUGCUGGCUUUUAAAGGGAAAAGGUACCUGACUGGCAUUGGCUCUGACACCAGGAAUGCAUUACAUCAUAUCCAUAAUGGCAAGGAUAUCAUCUCCCUGACCACCUGCAAACAUGGCAAAGACUGGGAGAAACACAAGGACACGCGCUGUGACAAAGAUAACUCGGACUAUGAAAAGUUUGACUAUCAGGAGUUGCUCCACAACUCCACCUUCUGCAUCAUCCCUCGCGGCAGGCGGCUGGGCUCCUUCCGCUUCCUGGAAGCGCUGCAGGCUGCUUGCAUCCCCGUGCUGCUCAGUAACGGCUGGGAGCUGCCGUUCUCCGAAGUGAUCGACUGGAGUAAAUCGGCCAUUGUCGGGGACGAGAGGCUCCUCCUGCAGAUUCCUUCCACCGUUCGCUGUAUCCACAGUGACAAGAUCCUGGCGUUCCAGCAGCAAACCCAGUUCCUGUGGGAAGCAUAUUUCUCCUCCGUGGAGAAAAUAGUGCAAACCACCCUUGAGAUAAUAAAGGAUCGGCUGUUUCAUCGAGAAUCCCGCCCCAAGUUCGUGUGGAACACGCUGCCUGGGGGGCUGCUGGCUCUGCCGGAGUAUUCCACCCACCUCGGCGACUUCCCUUUCUACCACCUGCAGCACGGGUCCAGCCCCUCCGGCAAGUUCACAGCUUUCAUCCGGGCCGUCUCCCCCGUGGUCUCCCUCUCCCAGCCCAUCCUCAAACUCAUCCAGGCCGUCUCCAGAUCCCAGCACUGCGCCCAGAUCCUAGUCCUGUGGAGCUGCGAGAAGCCGCCCCCGCCGAGGGGGAGAUGGCCCCAGACAGCAGUGCCUUUGACAGUCAUUCACGGCCGGCGGAAAGUAAGCGACCGUUUCUUCCCGUACUCGGCCAUCGGGACAGAUGCGGUGCUGAGCCUGGAUGAACACACCAGCCUGUCGACCAGCGAGAGCACCAUGGAAUGUGCAGCCACCUCUCGGGUGGAACGUGGCAGCUGUUUAACAGGGCGCAGCAACUCUACAGAUCAUGUGAUGUGCCGAGUGCCCUCAACUCCCAGGGCCUUCUAAAGCAGGCUCACCAUCGCAGGAUCAGGCCCCAGUUGAGGGCAGGAGGGGCAAAUAAACUAUGGGGGAAUUGAGAUAGACCCUGUAAUAAUAAUCAAGCUAGAAUUUGGCCAGGACUUUGGGGUUAAUACUCACCUCUUACAAAAAGUGCCCCCGGCCCUGAACAACCAGCAUCUCCCCAGCACAGCACCCCAUGCCAGGUCAUUGGCACUUCCCACACUAGGGCACCAGAUCUCCCGGGCUAACCAGGGCUGGGCUGGGCGAGUACUUGAAUAAGAGACCUCCAGGAAAAACCCAGAUGGCAGCAUGCCACCUCCUGAAUCACCCACGCCUCUCGCUGAGACACCUGGCUGGGCCCGGCAGGCCCUUCGCCCAAGUACGCGCCCGGCCCAAGGGCGCUUACCGCGUGCAAUGCGGCAGGCUCACGUGGCAGCAGGCAGCCUGGCCUGCACGCCAAGGACUGAGGCAUUGCGUUUCUGCUCUUAGCUGGUUGGGGUGUGGCUUGGGGUAGAGGAGCCAUGUUCUCAAAAGGAGUGGGGAGGUGCAGGUUGCUUGGCGCAAGGCGUCGAGGCUUGGAGAGGUACAGAGGGCAUUUUGAAGAGGUGUCUGAUCUUCGCAGAGAAUAGCAAUGAUGGUAAAGACCUAGUGGGUCAAAUCCAGACCGCCUCUGUCCCAGCCAGGGUAGCUCUGCUCUCCACAGUGUUCUCCUCCAAAUGAUGGAGGCAUUUGAUUCUGGAUCUGCUGCUUAUCGGCCCUGCCCUGGUGGUGAACUCUCCCUGUCUGGCU